UAUGUUAAAGCAUGUGAAUGAUUUAUAUUCUCAUGUUCUCAAAACAAACAGUAAGAAACAGAAAAAAGAUUGGAAUCUUAUUCUAGAUAGAAUCAAGAAUCAAGUAACAUUAAGACUGGUAUCCUGUUGUCAGAUUGCCAGUAAACUCACCUCACAUUAUAAGGUUGUCACGGCUUCAAAAGCAAGAAGAUUUCUAAAUGAAGGAGGGCACAGAUACACACAAGAGAGUAUUUUGCAGUCAGAAUUAAGAAUAUUAAAAACUUUGAACUUUCAAGUAACAACUCCUUCAACGCUUGUAUACAUGGAAACAAUUUUAGAGAUACUUGGUUACAAUGAACCAGACACAGAAAUUAAAGUCUACUAUGAAAUUUCCCUCAAAGUAUUGGAAAUUGUCUACUUAAAGUUCUCUGAUAUUUAUAACAGCUUGUUCCAAAUAAUAGUACAGCACCAGACACCUUCGCAGGAUGAAGUGAGGUCAUUAUGUCAAGUCAAGUCAGAUAAACUACUGCUGGCAGUUUCUGUUAUAGCUGCAGCUGUUUAUGUUACUGGGUUCAAGUCUGAUAAGAUAAUUGAAUGUUUACAUCUGAUAACCAAGAUACCUUUAGAGGAUAUUGUUGACUUUGCUACAAUCAUUAUACAAAUUAUCAUUCCAAAUGAACCUCUACCAGAGAUGUAACAACACAAAUACAGUGUAUAGGCAAGGUAUUCCUCUUAAAAAAAACAGAGAGAGCCAGGAAAAUCAUCUUAAUCGACGAUUGUGGAUUUUGCUACAAUUUUCUUGAAUUCACUUCGAAUUUUUACCAGAUUGAACUUUACUCAUGAGAACUUAAUGAAAAAUGUAGGACAGUAUAUCAAGUCCUUUCAUACAUAAUUUUAUCAGAAACAGUGGGUUUAUAUUUUUUAUGUUUUUUGGAAAAAGUGUAUUUUCGUGAAUACUAGAUUUUGUACUUACUGUAUAACAAAUUCUGUAUAUAAGUCUAUAUGAAUUUGAAUCUGUUGAUUACUAAGUAUUCAUUAUUAUUCAUGGGGUACAUAUUUUCGUGGAUAUAUAAGUUAACCACAAAUUUAAAGGUUCAACGAAGUAUAAAUUUUCUAUAGGCUUGUAAGCCAAAUUUGUCAAACCCACUAUCAAAUAACCAGGAAAAUACUAUUUUCCUUCAAUUCACAAAAAUUAUUACCCCCAAAAAUUAAUGAAUCCACAGUACUAAAAAAUUGUGAUUCACCUAUAUCCACAGGAAUUAAUUCAUAUUUAUGACUAUCCUACCAUUUCUGUGUACAAAAUUAAAAUUUUUAACCUUUUCUUUAUUAAUUUUUUUUUGGGGGAGGGGAUUAUUUAUAACAGUUAAAUAUGUCCAUAUUAUAUUGAGCAGUACCUUCUUAUUUUAAAAUUUCACUUCUAAAUAACAAGUGAGAUUCAUGAAUUGCCUUGAAAAAUUGCCAGGGGAGAUCAUUGUUAUAGCCAGAUUGAGCUAAAUUAGUUCAAACUGCAGAUAAACAGAACAAAAUUUCAAACUGCCAUUUUGUAGUCAUUUCUGGGGAGAAUUUAAUUGAUUUGGUGUAAAAAAAAAUUAAAUUAAUCCAUAGUUUGUUUAUAAAUUUAAUUUAUAUAUAUAAUUUAAUUGUUCAUAUUAUGCUAUAUGCAUAAUCAUAUUGAUUUAAUAGAGGCAUCAUAGGUUUUUAAUAUGCAGUGAAUUUAAGGUAAAAAUUAUCCUUAAAUGUCCAUAUUUGAAAAUUAUCAUUAUUCACAAUAUCCUUAGAUUUCAGUGGACACAUUAUAAGCAGAGAAGAGGUAACAUAAUUUUGACAAAAUUAUAUUGUGGGCCACUCAGAGGAGGUAUAAUUCCGAAGACCUCAGAUGGUCAUUAUAAUAUAAGCAAUAUAAAUAUAAAUAUAGAUAUAAAUACAAAAGGGAAACUCAUGCAUUUGGAUUUUUCUAGAUCUGUUUAAUUUCAUAUUAUAGAUUAAAAAUAUAUGUUAAUCAUCGUUUUUACCUGUAUAAGAAAUUUUUUUUUGUGAUCGAACCAGUCAAUCAAAUGAUUUACCUUUGUUUCAUUUUCAAUGUUGACAUUCUUUUCCUUUAAUUAACUGAACACGCACAAUGCAUGCGUUAUCCAUCUCUGGCUAAGGGGUUAAAUUGAAGUUCACAUGAAUACAGAUUCAUUGAGGUCGAAUUAUUCACUUGCAAGUGAAUAAUUCAUCAUCAAUGUUUCUUAGCUUAAUUUGACAAAAUUGAACCAUAUUGGCUGCUAAAAGCGAUUUAUUAUUUAGCUAUUUCACUUUCAUUCAUGAUUGAACAAAAAAAAUUCGUACUUUAGAAUUUUUGCUCGCCUGGCCCAAAGGGCCAAGUGAGCUUUUCUCAUCACUUGGCGUCCGUUGUCCGUAAACUUUUACAAAAAUCUUCUCCUCUGAAACUACUGGGCAAAAUUUGACCAAACUUGGCCACAAUCAUCAUUGGGGUAUCUAGUUAAAAUAAUGUGUCCGGUGACCCAGCCAACCAACCAAGAUGGCCGCCAUGGCUAAAAAUAGAACAUAGGGGUAAAAUGUAGAUUUUGGCUUAUAUCUCUGAAACCAAAACAUUUAGAGCAUUCUGAUAUAGGGUAAAAUUGUUUAUCAGGUCAAGAUCUAUCUGCCCUGGAAUUUUCAGAUGAAUCUGACAACCUGUUGUUGGGUUGCUGCCCCUGAAUUGGUAAUUUUAAGGAAAUUUUGCCGUUUUUGGUAAUUAUCUUGAAUAUUAUUAUAGAUAGAGAUAAACUAAAAACAGCAAUAAUGUU